AUUACACACUAAAAAUUGAACCAUUUUAAUUUCACCAUUGUUGAAAAGGAGUCCUAAGUUUUUCUUUAUGCUAAAGUAAAAGCUAUUUCUCCAACUUUUACUAAAAGUUGUUGUUGUUGACGUUGAAAGGAAGAAGAUAUACCUCAACCUCAUUGAGCUCCGUCAAGUUCUACAUUAGUCAUACUUAAUGGCGUCAAAUUCGAAUGAAAAAGUUAUAAAGGCCUUUGAGGCAAUGAAGGUCUUUGGCUAUAGUGAAAAAGUCGUGAAGCCAGUAUUGAGGAACCUUCUGAAGGUGUACAACAAAAACUGGGAGCUUAUUGAAGAUGAGAAUUAUUCUGUUCUUUUGGAGUCUAUUAUAGACAGCGAGGAGUCUAAGGAAAGGAAGAAAUCCUUGUCGGAAGAUGAAGCGGAAGAAAAUGAACCACCACCGAAAAGAUCUAGGUUCUACUCCGAGGGAAAUCAUUUGUCACCUGCUAAACACGUUGCCAGCCCUAGUGCUGACACACAUACUUCCGAGUUGCAGCCUUCCGGCAAGCAGAAGAUGGCUGAGUUCACCACCAAGUCUUAUGAAACUGAGGAUGUCGAAAUGAAGCCUUUUUCUCUCUUGAACCAUUAUCAGCGUAAAGGUAAGAAAUGGAGUUCGUCUGAGGCCUCGCCUGUUUCAGAGGAGGAUAUUGACACUGAAGUACUCUCUGAUGAUGACAUGCAAGGACCUUGUACUCUGUCACCUUAUCUAAAUUUAACGAAAAAGGGAGACACAUCUCGUUCAUAUCCUGCCGUGAUACCCAAAAGAAGACUUGCUUAUAAUAGUAGCCUGGAAGAGCCAAAUAUUAUGGAUUCAGCUGAUGCAUCCAACAAAGGUGCUCUGGUUGAGUAUGACGUUUGUGAAACUGUGCCUCUCAAUGUGUCAUCAUCUGAUAAUCCGCCUGUUUUUGAUGUUCCUCUUGUUGUUGUCCCUUCAGGAAUUGAAACAAAAGACUUGGUGUGUCUCAACUCUGAACAUUUGGGUACAGAAGGAAAUGGAGAAAAUGCAGCAGAUUCAUCACAACUAGAUAUUGCUUCCUCUCCAAAAGGGGAGGUGAAGAUCUCUUUUGUCUAUAAGCCAUAUCUCUCAUCACGCUUUUGUCCACCGAGUUUAGAUGCAGUCCUGAAGCGGAUAGAGGAAAAGUAUAUGAAGUCCUACGGAUUUGCUCAACCUGGUUUCUCUCUGUUGAGGCUGAUGGAAAAUCUGUGUGAAUGUUAUCUGACUGCUGGUACCAAGGCCAGGACGGCAAAUGAGCCAUCAGCUGGGAUAGAGCCUCAGAAACUUCAUCCAGUAUGUGUCAGAUAUGAUGCUGCUAAUCAUGAAUUGCACCUUGCUUCAGACAUUACCAGUGGUUCAUUCAAAUUUUCAAAUUUUAUCAAAGUCUUGCCUCAUAUUCCAAAGUUUCUAGCUUCAGGCAAUAGGGAUAUAAUGUGCUAUCUGGUGGAUUUUAAUGAUACGAGGAUUAAUGGUUCCGAAAAAGGCAACACUAACAAGGUUCUUAAACUCCUAGCAUCUUCAACUAUGAACAAUUCACUAGUUGUUCAGAAUGAACACUCCUCUCGCCGUCUUCCUAAUUCUGCUUUUCUUAUUGAAGACAUCAGCAAUGGUCAAGAGGAGCUUCAAAUUUCGUUGAUAAAUGAAUUCAGUCAUGUCCUGCCUGUCUUUACAUACAUACCUAAAAAUGUUAUUUUCCAAAAUGCAUAUGUGAAGUUUCUUCUUGCUCGAAUAUCAGAUGACAACUGUUGUUCAAACUGCACUGGGAAUUGUUUGUCUCAAGAUAUACCCUGUGCUUGUGCUGGUGAAACAGGGGGUGAAUUUGCCUACACAGCUGGUGGUUUGCUCAAGGAGAAGUUUCUAGAGAGUUGCAUCUCAAUGAUUCGUGAACCCCAAAAGCAUGGUUUAGUGUAUUGUCAAGACUGUCCCCUUGAAAGGUCUAAGAACAAUAGCAUGUCUGGCCCGUGCAAGGGUCAUUUGGUGAGGAAAUUUAUCAAAGAGUGCUGGCAUAAAUGCGGCUGCAGCAGGGGAUGUGGAAAUCGUGUUGUUCAGCGAGGCAUAGCAGCGCCAUUGCAGAUAUUUAUGACAGCUGAUGGAAAAGGUUGGGGGCUCAGGGCACUGGAAGAUUUGCCUAGAGGUGCUUUUGUUUGUGAAUAUGUAGGAGAAAUUGUGACCAACACGGAGUUGUAUGAGCGGAACACACAAACUGCUGAUGAGAGACACACAUAUCCAGUUUUGCUAGAUGCAGACUGGGGUUCGGAAGUUGUUCUGAAGGACGAGGAGGCCCUUUGUUUGGAUGCAACUUACUAUGGCAAUGUUGCGAGGUUCAUUAAUCAUAGGUGUUAUGAAGGUAACUUGAUUGAGAUCCCAGUUGAAGUAGAGACUCCGGAUCAUCACUACUACCAUGUCGCUUUUUUCACUGUGAGGAAAGUUAAUGCUUUAGAAGAGUUAACUUGGGAUUAUGGUAUUGACUUCAACGAUCAUAGUCAUCCAGUGAAAGCGUUCAAGUGCUGCUGUGGAAGUAAAUUUUGUCGAGACAUCAGGCGUUGAAGAGAGCUAGGAAGUAGACACUGCUGAAGAUUCCUUCUCAUUGAUAAUGCUGACCCCAUCGAUAGCUCACAUAGAUAUAGGCAAAACAAGAGACACUGUUGUCAUUUUUUGCAAAAGAACAGCUGGUGUCGACACAGAUGAAGAUUCGUUCUCACUGAUCAUGCUGAUCGCUCCGAUGAAGAAGAGCGCUAUCUUGCCUUUUAGAAACAACAUAAGAGUAUGUUGGAAAAACAUGUCUUGUUUGAGUAUAUUACCUGGCGCUUUGUCGCCAAAAGAAAAACGAAAUACCAACUUAAAGUUGUCAGCAUACACUGAGUAAAGCCAUUUCUUGAUUUAUUACAAGAGAUACAUUACUGGUAAAAGCUCAUAUCAUUUGGUUCUCUGUGAACAAGUCAUGGAGUUUAUGGUUGGUUUAAGUUUAGAUCAUGAAUUCGAGCCAUGGAAUACUUGGAUCAUGGUAUAUUGCCUACAUUAUACUACUCAUUGCAGUGUGUCCCCUUUCUGUCUUUCUGGACCCUACGUGAAUGCGCAAUAUUUCGUGCACCCAGGCUGUCAUUUUUACUGUUUGGUUUGCUUUGCUUACGUCAUCGAGUUGAGGGUAUAUCGAAAACAACCUCUCUACCUUCGGGAUAGGAGUAAGGUCCACGAGUACGAUCAAACCAUUAGUAAUGUAGGAGCUUUGGAAAACAAAGAGACCGAAUCAGUAAGCACAGAAUUAGAUCAAAAGAGAUCAAAUCACUGAGCAGAGAAAUAGAUCAAACUUUAGUCCUUCAUACUAUGUAACACCAAAAUAUAGUCCACAAACAGCUAAAAAUACAUAUUAUGAAGCAAGUCAAUAACCAAACUCUAAAUUCUUAAAAAUAUAGUCAAGAAAUAACUAAAUACUAGAAGGUCGACCUCAUGACAACAAGAAAAGGCGAUGUUGUGCAACACUCGGAUGAUCUCUUUCCUAUCGAGAUACGCAAACUCCCAUCAUGUCCUAGAUCAACAACAAAUGUUUAGAUAGAUACAAACUUUAAAUUCUUUCAAAACUUUGAUUCAACACCUUUGCUUUAUCCAUCACCUUAUCCUCAUCAAACACAUAAAUACUUACAAACUUAGACUUCUCAAUCUCAUUCUUCGUAUCUCCCUCCAUACCUUUAAAACCUUCAAAAUCACUCUCCAUUUUCUUAACUGUCAUACUAAUUUCUUCCCAUCUGUUCAGGCCAACGACUUCUUUACCGGACUCUUUUUCGUGCACUAUCUUCUUCACACCAUAAAGUUCCAACUUCCUUGUGUACCAUUUCACAUGACUCUUAUAUACCACCAUCUU